AAAUGAACCUCCCCUAUACAAAGAACAGAGUCUGAACAUCAGCAGCUUAAAGGAACAAUAGCAUUUUAUAAAGCAGAGGCAGACUGUAAAGUGCAGAGAGAAUCUAAGCAAAAGGGACAUCCAGAGACUGUCAGGCUAGUCUGAGAUUCCAAGGGCUGGAGGAGAGAGGAAUACAGCAGUACAAGAGGAUAAACAGAAAACACCCACUCUUAAUAAGAGCCAGAGGGCAGCAGCAAGAGCAGCGGGAGAACUAGCAUCACCCAGAGAAAUAUUAUUAUCAUCUGAGCAGUGACAAUGCCUGUCAAGGUUUAUAUCGCAUCCUCCUCUGGAUCCACCUCGAUUAAAAAGAAUCAACAGGAUGUCUUAAGUUUUUUACAUGCCAACAAGAUUGAAUAUGAAGAAAAAGAUAUUGCUGCAAAUGAAGAAAAUCGAAAAUGGAUGAGAGAAAAUGUCCCAGAAAAUUGCCGACCAACAAAUAGCAACCCUCUUCCUCCUCAGAUUUUUAAUGAGUCUCAGUACUGCGGGGACUACGAUGCAUUCUUUGAGGCCAGAGAGAAUAAUGCAGUUUAUGCUUUUCUUGGUUUGACAGCUCCACCCGGUUCAAAGGAAGCGGAAGCCCUGGCAAAACUGAACGCAUAAACCCAACCAUGCACUUCUGACCUGCUCCUCCAAUCCGCUUCAUUCAAUUUAAGCAGCUUCACACCUAAUCUCUUAACCUCUUUAAUGCAGCAAUGUUCUGCAGGCCUCUUUGUGGUUAGAGUCCUGGGUGGGUUGCCUCUUUAUGUGCCAAAAAGGAAUCCUACAUGCCAUGAAAACUGGUGCAUGUUUUUGGUGAUUGAGCAUUAAACUUAACCGUUCUACAAA